AGCGUAGUUCCUAAAAGUGAAAGCAGAGUCAGCCCUAAUGACUCACUGCUCCCCAUAAAAGCUUACAGAAUGCUGCUUCCAGAUACAACUGCAUCUGCACCCUGAAGUACAGUCCACUUCUGUUACAGCUCUGUGUGAGCAAGCCCAUCUGUUCCUGAGCCAAACAAACCUAAGGGGUCAGUACUUGGUGCUUCUUUGAGGAUCCAGUUGAUGUAGGCACAUUCCAGAAGAUAUGUUUAUGCACAGAUGGACUAAACAGUUCACUGUUAAAUCUACAGUUCGUUGAGAUAUGCCAUUACUACCUCCUUCUGGAUGACCAAUGUGUAUUUUAACUGAUUGUAACAGUCUGCGACUUCCCAUUCAUUCCAGCUGGUAACAACACUUAUAAUGCAAAAAAAAUCACGAUUCAGGAUCCCACAAACAUUACUCUUAAAGCUUUCUAGAUGAUUGUAGUUGCUUUGGUUGUGUUCUAUGCUAGCAGAAGCCUUUUCCAAGGUUUACUGUUGACUCUAGAGCACCGCAUUCCCUGUUUACUGGGAGCCCUGAGGGCUGGCAAUAUGGGAAACUCGUGUGUUUGCCGCGAUGACAGUGGAGCAGAAGACAACGUGGAAUCUCGGAGUUGGCAAACGGAGAACAGUAGAGUACAUGUACCUGAAGCAAGAAGCCACCCAAGGGACCCUGUCCGUCCACCCAGGAGGGGUCGAGGGCCACAUGAGCCAAGAAGGAAAAAACAGAAUGUGGACGGGCUAGUACUUGACACACUGGCUGUAAUUCGGACGUUAGUAGAUAAUGACCAGGAGCCUCCUUAUUCAAUGAUCACGUUGCAUGAAAUGGCAGAAACAGAUGAAGGCUGGUUGGAAGUGGUCCAGUCUUUAAUUAGAGUUAUUCCAUUAGAAGAUCCCUUGGGACCAGCUGUUAUAACUCUGCUACUUGAUGAAUGUCCACUGCCAACAAAAGAUGCAUUACAGAGGUUAACUGAAAUAUUAAACUUAAGUGGAGCUGCUGCUUCCCAGGAUGCUUGUCAACCUGCCAGACACCGGAAUACAACGGCCGUGCUGGGCUGCUUAGCAGAGAAGUUAGCAGGUCCUGCGAGCAUAGGCUUACUCAGCCCAGGCAUAUUGGAAUAUUUACUUCAGAGCCUGAACUUCCAGUCCCAUCCGACAGUGAUGCUUUUUGCACUAAUAGCACUGGAGAAGUUUGCACAAACAAGUGAAAAUAAAAUGACAGUUUCUCAAUCCUGUAUUAGUGACCAACUGAUCCUGCUUGAGAAAUGGGCAGAUAAUCCAGACUAUUUAAAACGCCAGGUUGGGUUCUGUGCACAGUGGAGUUUAGACAAUCUGUUUUUAAAAGAAGGCAGGCAGUUUACGUAUGAGAAAGUUGACUUGACCAGCAUUAGGGCUAUGCUGAACAGUAAUGAUGUCAGUGAAUACCUGAAGAUCUCUCCACAUGGAUUAGAGGCUCGAUGUGAUGCCUCAUCCUUUGAAAGCGUUAGAUGUACAUUCUGCGUCGAUUCUGGAGUUUGGUACUAUGAAGUUACAGUUAUCACUUCAGGAGUGAUGCAGAUAGGAUGGGCUACCAGAGACAGCAAAUUUCUCAAUCAUGAAGGUUAUGGCAUUGGGGACGAUGAAUACUCCUGUGCCUACGAUGGCUGCCGGCAGCUGAUUUGGUAUAAUGCCAGAAGUAAACCACAUUCCCAUCCCUGUUGGAAAGAAGGAGACACAAUAGGAUUUCUACUAGACUUGCACGAAAAGCAAAUGAUCUUCUAUUUAAAUGGAAACCAACUUCCUGCUGAGAAGCAAGUAUUUUCAUCUGCUAUAUCUGGCUUUUUUGCCGCAGCUAGUUUCAUGUCCUAUCAACAAUGCGAGUUCAACUUCGGGGCAAAACCUUUCAAGUACCCACCAUCAAUGAAGUUUAGUACCUUUAAUGAUUAUGCCUUUCUGACAGCAGAAGAGAAGAUCAUUUUGCCCAGACACAGGCGUCUGGCUUUGUUGAAGCAAGUGAGUAUCCGAGAGAACUGCUGCACGCUUUGCUGUGAUGAGGUAGCAGACACAGAACUCAGGCCAUGUGGACACAGUGACCUGUGUAUGGAGUGUGCCUUGCAGCUGGAGACCUGCCCCUUGUGUCGACAGGAGAUACAAACCCGAGUCAGACAGAUCUCUCACAUAUCAUGACACACGUGGAGAAAUACUACAGACUUGUUUCCAAUUAACUCAAACCAAUGCUGAAAGGGGAAAGAAUCUCUGACCAAUCUUUACAUGCAUAAAACCAUAGCCACGGCCAGAUUUCAUGCUAACCUGUUAUCUGUUAAUCUUAAAAAUGAAAUCUUUAUAUUCCAAGUUGCCAGCAAUGGGAACUGAUUUCAAGAAUAAGGAGAGCUGGUAGGUCAGUGUGCUAUGGCUGUUGGUUCCUCCAAGCAAGACCAUAGGAGAGUGUCUCUCUUCUUCCCCCUUUCCUUCUUGCCUGUCACAAGUGCUGGAAAAAUUUGCACUGGAAGUACACAUACAAUGCAUUUUAGAAAAGAAGAGCAAAUAAUUAUCUCCUAAACCAGUGCUGUUCUGUCUUGUGCUCAAAAAUCUCUUAUUUUUGGCAGAAGUCAGUACUAAAAAGAGAAUGCCAAUGUUUUCCUGUUCAAUGUAGCCUCCUGCUGGUCAGAGACUGUAUUUUCCUACAGGGGAUAUUAAACUGCUCAAAGACUUAAUCCAUACACAGAGUGAUUUGAAAAGACAGUGUGGAGACCAGAGAGAAACUCACACUAUAAUAACCUGGUGAUUCCAAAGAAUGUUCUGAUUUGUCUUUAAACAUUAAAAGAUUGUUGGUAUUUUCAGGUUUAUGAUGCUUUUAACUUCAGUACCCACAUUUUUUUGUAAGGAUAUAAUUUUCAGGAGGUAUUCUUAACUAAUUGUAACAUUGGACUGGAAUUAAUUUGAUAUUCUGGGUAUUUUUUAAGAUAUCAUCAAACAUCUUUUUUUAAUCAGUGUUGAUUUAUAAAGUUAUAUUCACUUUGGAAAUACUGAGCUAUCUUAAAAGAUUAGAGGAGAAUUUGGGGCCAGUUUAUUUAAAAAAAUGUUAUUUGGACAGGAAGUUGAGUCUUACUCUCUAACUCUAAAAAUGCACCUUGCUUGCCACAUGUCAGCCCUGCUCUGAGCACUUUUGCGGCCACACUUCAUGUUUUGGUAGGGAUCACCCACUGGGAAUCUCUGCUCCAGUUCAGUUACACACUUGUGAUGUUCAUAUGUUAAGAAUGCAUUUCAGCAGGCAGCACGUAUGUGUCUUACUAGGUUCCUAGAAGGAAAUGGGGUUCACAGCUGGUGUCAGUGAAGUAGCACAAAACCUGGUAGAGUUACGCUUCUUGGCAGUGAUUCAACAGCAGAGUAUGUGGCAGUGAAUUCUUACGCUGCGAUGUAUCUUCUCUUUAAAAUCACUUACCUUUACUGUCAAGUAGUAACACAGCAGAGCUGAGGCUGCUUCUUCCUCUUGAGCACUUUUGCUUCCUACUAACUUUAAUAAGAGCAAAGAGGUCUGCAUGCAGGUACCAGUCAAGCUCUCUGUUUCACCUGCUGCCUUUGCUAAUGCAAAGGUGCUGAAUUUCAUCCAGAGAUACACAUUAGGAAGAGG